AAAAAACAACUGUGUGUCGGAGAAGGACGGUACCUGGAGAUUUUGCUCCCUGCACUCCACUGAGAGCUGUGCUGAAGAUUUUUCCGAAUUCUCUGCUUUUAAGAUUUAAACGGCAGCUUUGUCACGAGGAAAUUUGAAGUGAUCCUUGCAAGCAUGGCUUUAAAGCUGUGUUAAAUUUGUGGCAAGAGUGUCAGGCAUUUCAUACUUGGCUUCCAAGAGAGAAAAAAAAAAAGAAACGAGAGAGAGAAAAAAAGCCCUGAUGUGUGUAGGGAAGAAAUCUCCCAGGAAUUUCUUCAAGGUUGUAGUCAGACACAGUAAGGUCUAAAGUGACAAGAAAAGCAAGGCAAAGAUAAAACUUGAAAUUGUGAUAAGAUGUCUGAGUCUAAAGUGGCAGAUUGCAGAAAACUUUUGGGAUUACACAUGCUCAUCUUGUCCUGGAUAUGACUGAAUACAAGCUAGUUUUUCUCUGGUGACAGCUCAAAAACCCCCUCAAGAUUAUGUUUCUCUUCCUUGUUGCUUUUUUGCCAGUGGCUUUUAAAAUUGGUUUUGUCAGCCUCUCAGCUCUGCAGCACUGGAACUGUCCUAAUGGAUACAGAUUAAAGCCUGAAAACUCUGCUUGUAUAGAUAUUGAUGAGUGCCUUGAAGGUGGUUUGGGGACCUGUGGCCAAACCUGUAUCAAUAUUCCAGGGUCAUACAUCUGCUCCUGUUUGCCUGGCUACUCCUUGGGUAUUGACAAGCAUUCUUGCUAUGUGAACGACCCAGCACCAUUUCUGCUUUUUACCCAUGGAAAUGCCAUCUUUAGAAUUGACACUGAAGGGACAAAUCAUGAAAGACUGGUUGCUGAUACUGGUCCAUCAACACUUAUGGAUUUUCAUUAUAUAGAAGAGAAAGUGUAUUGGGUAGACUCUGAAAGGCGACUGCUUCAAAGAAUUCACCUAAAUGGCACAAAACGAGAGAGACUAUGUUACAUAGACAAAGGCAUUUCAGGAUUUGCUAUUGACUGGAUAAAUCAAGACAUUCUCUGGGCCAACAGAGAGAAAGGCACCAUAGAAGCAACAGACAUGAAUGGGAAGAAACGCCGAGUUCUUCUAAGAGCUGUUGGUCGUCCCACAAAGAUUACCAUUGAUGCUGAACAAAGGCUGUUAUUUGUGUCUUCAGAUGGUACAGUUUCCAGCAUUCACCGAGUGCCCCUCAGUGGAAAUGAUAUGAUAAAUAUUUUAAAAACCACAGAAAAAAUAAAGGCCAUCUCCCUAGAUUUGAUUGACACAAGGCUCUACUGGAUCCAACACGACCUCGGAAAAGAGAUUUCCCAUAUUGGAUCAUGUGACUAUGACGGUGGAGCCGUUCGCUUCCUCAGAAAUUCUGUCCGACAUCAAUUGCUUGGUCUGUCUCUCUUUGCUGAGCACCUGUACUACUCAGACUUGAAGUCUGGCAUGAUAUGGAGAGCCAACAAAUAUACUGGAAAAGUUGUAGUCACAAUUAGUUUGAAGCCAUCAUUUUUCCCACCAGUGGAGAUAAAAAUAGUGCAUCCAUUUAAGCAGCCAGGUGCAAGGAUUGAUUCUCAGGAUUUGGAAAAAGGAAUCUGUGAUUUGAACAGAGAAAAGUGCAGAAGAAGAAUCUGCAGGCCAGACUCAAGGACUCAUCGGUGUAAAUGUUCUAGUGGCUUUAUUUUAAGUCGAAAUAAACAGUUUUGUGAAGACAUUAAUGAAUGUGGCUUCUGGAAUCACGGCUGCACUUUAGGCUGUGUGAAUAUCCCUGGUUCCUAUUACUGCACCUGCCCGAGAGGCUUUGUUCUGCUGCCUGAUAGGAAAACGUGUCAUGAGCUAAUUACCUGUACAAGUAAUGACACUGGCUGUAGUCACGGCUGCCUUCGAACAUCUAAAGGCCCUGUUUGCUUUUGUCCAGAAGGAUCUGUACUCAAAGUGGAUGGCAAAACAUGCACAGGUUGUACAUCUCCAGAUAAUGGUGGCUGCAGUCAGAUAUGCUCUUCUUUAAGCCCAUCCUCCUGGGAGUGUGCUUGUUUUCCUGGAUAUAAGCUUCAGCGAGACAGAAAGCACUGCACAGCCAUAGGUCCUAAGCCAUUUUUGUUAUUUGCAAAUGGCCAAGAUAUCCGCCAGAUCAGUUUUGAUGGAACAGAUUAUACAAGUUUACUUGACUGGCAGAUGGGAGUAGUCUUAGCACUGGACUCUGACCCGGUGGAAAAUAAGAUUUACUUUGCCCACACCGCCUUGAAAUGGAUAGAACGAGCUAAUCUGGAUGGUUCAGAUCGUGAAAAGGUUAUUCAUGGAGCUAUAGAUACACCCGAAGGCCUUGCUGUGGACUGGAUUAACCGUAAAUUGUAUUGGACAGACAGAGGGAAGGUGUGUGUUGAAAGGAGCAAUCUGAAUGGAAUGCAAAGAAAAAUGAUCAUCUGGGAGGAUCUCUCCCAGCCUCGAGGGAUUGCCAUUCACCCAUUUGCUAAGAGAUUAUUCUGGACUGACAUGGGGGUCAAUCCGCGGAUCGACAGCUCUUCAUUAGAAGGCUUCGAUCGCCGUGUUGUAGCCAGCACUGGCCUGGUGUGGCCCAGUGGGAUAGCUCUUGACUACCUGUCUGACAAGUUGUACUGGUGUGAUGCUAAACAGGCUGUGGUUGAGAGCGCAAACCUGGAUGGUUCUGGUCGUCGAAUUCUUGCACAGAAUGAUGUAGGCCACCCUUUUGCUGUAGCGGUGUUUGAGGACCACCUGUGGUUUUCUGACUGGGCUAGGCCAUCACUAGUGAGGGUGGACAAGAAGACCGGCCAAAACAGGGUACGUCUUCGAGGCAGCAUGCUGAGACCCUCAUCAAUGGUUGUAGUUCAUCCUUUGGCGAAACCAGGGGCAAAUCCUUGCCUUUAUGAGAAUGGAGGCUGUGAUCAGAUCUGUGAAAACAGUUUUGGAAUUGUCCACUGCAAGUGCUAUCCAGGAUUUGGAAAAGCUCAAGAUGGAAAAUCCUGUCAUGCUCUGGAUUCUUCCAACUCAACAGAAGGAAGCAUCUCUGUGAACAAGGAGUUAAUGCCAAUGCCAGCACCACCACAGACUGUGCUCCAGAGCAGGUGGAGCACUCAGAUUUUUAAGGAUGCAGACAGUGGGGAAAAGAAGAAAAUUAUUUUUUUUAUGGCUGAAAUCAUGGUAUCAGAUGAAGACGACUGCACUGCACUAGAAUGUUAUGUCAAUGCAGAGUGUGUUUUGCUGGAAGACGGUGCUAUGUGCCAGUGUUUGAAAGGAUUUACCAGGAAGGGGAAAUCAUGCUAUGACGUUGACGAGUGCGCUGUGCGCAUGGACCGCUGCAAUCGAAGCGUGUCGGACUGUAUCAAUACCGAAGGGGGAUACGUCUGUAAAUGCCUGGAAGGCUACACUGGAGAUGGAGUCCAUUGCUACGAUAUUGAUGAGUGCAAGACGGGGUCUCACACCUGUGGAGAGAACAUGACCUGCACAAAUACAGAAGGAAACUUCACUUGCACGUGUGCUGAUCAUGCUUCUGGGACUGGCAUUGGUUGCAAAUCUACUGUUCCCCCAACUGCUGCCAGCAAGGAAUACACCACAAACGCUGUGCAAGGUGACACUGUAGGAUGCCCUCCUUCCUAUGAGUCAUACUGCCUCCAUGGUGGAGUGUGCAAUUAUGUUUCUGAUCUACAAGACUAUGCCUGCAACGGUGCCCAGCGGUGGAUAAGCGGCGGUGCGGGGCCGUGCCCUGCCCUCCGCUGCAGCGUGUGCCCUUUCCUUGGCAGCUGCGUGACGGGAUUCGUGGGGGAGCGCUGCCAGUUCAGCGACCUGGAGUGGUGGGAGCAGCGGCUGAGCGCCGGGCGGGCCAAGGCGCGGAGCAUCGCCAUCUCCGCCUGCGCCGCCGUGCUGGCCCUGCUGCUGCUGCUGGCUGUCCUGGCCGCCUACUGCCGCAGAAGUCAGAAUUUGUAUAAGAAGAAUCUCUGUGCAGAAGCGGUAAGAGCCGCCAGCAGCCGCGCUGACAAUGAGAGCGUAACACCUACUGGCAACAAGUCUCUGUUUGCUGUUUUUAAGGAGGGUAACAGUUCUCUGGAGAGUAAAGCAGUUGAUCUAAUUGAGUGUGAGACAGCAGACCCUCAUCCUGCCUGUCCUUCAGAAUCUGAGGAAGAACAGCCUGUAACAUAUGACAAAGCAGCAGAGACUUGUGCAGAAGAGGAGAAAGAACAAGGCCACCGAAAGGAGGGUCCUGUUGGUGAGAAAUUGCAUCAAUCCACGGGAGCAGCGAAGGGCUCUUCCCAGGCUCCCUGGAGCAUCCAUCCCAAUCCUCUGCCUGAAAGGGAGCCUUGCAAUCUUGCCCCAGCCAGCCUGCUGAUGCAGCCAGACUAGAAGCAGUCUGUGUUUGAAUGGGAAAAGGAGGAAGUCAGCAAAGGAUGGGAGCUCACAAACACUGAAGCGACACUCAUUUUUUUCAUUAAAAUCUGCUUUAGAAAAAACCUGCCAUUAUUCAGAACAAAACAGAGAAAUCCUUGGCACUCCUUUCCUGUCAUCUCUGCUUGGAAGAAUUACUGUGAGGAACGUGUUGGCAAUGAGUGCUCUAUGAGUAUCACUGCUUCAUUAACUUCAUUAACUGCCUCCUAAAAGGUCACUGGGAAGAAGAUAGCCAAGUGGGUCAUUUAUUAGUGAUAAGAAUUUGCUAAGGGAAGCUUGUUGCAAGUAGUGAUCUUUCCACACACAGAGUCUAGAAACUGCCUAGAAAGUGGGACACAAGGACAGCUGCAGAGAAACAGGAAUCGAGGAGAAAAAUUAGUUCAAAAUGGAUCUUACUAUUAAAAUUUUUUUAAUGGACCCUAUAUGCCUCUUCCCAGUGCUGCUGACUGCAGUGUAACUUGGAUUUCACCUGAGAUAUUCUUGUGUCUAGCAAGCACCAAAUCUUGGCAUUUCUCAGGUUUUUAUGUACUGGAGGAUAGUUUGCAGGCACGUGUUAUUAAUGAUGGGCAGCAUUUGAGGGCGAAAGUGAUUAAUUCAUUUUUUCCCCCAGUCCUGCACUGGUCCUCCAGAGCAUAACAGGACUACUUGUGGGCUGAGGAAGUGUCUGCUUUCAGCCCUGUGGAGAGGCAUGUGCUGGAGCUGUCCUUGUCUUACAGAGGUGUGCCUGUACCAAACCUGGUCCAUUAUAUAGGACUGAGUGUGAUGACAGAAGUCCACCCAAUUGCUGUUCCAAAAGAACAGGAUGAGUGGUACAAAACCACAAAAAAAGCCACCUCGGUUUGGACUGAUUUCCACUCAACUGAUUUGUGCUGCCUGUUAAAUCUGAGGGAACAACUGGAAAACUGAACCAAUUUUUCUUGUAACUGGAUUUCUAACACCUCUCAGAUUGUUUACUCUCUUGUAAAGCUCUGUUGUAUGCAGAGAUGAGGUCAGCUGUUUAUCAUGAGAUUAACUCUGGUGGUGAGAGCAUGGUGCUGAUAACACCAAGGGUAUGGGUUCAAUCCCUGUAUGGGCCUUCCACUUCAGAGUUGAACUUGAUGCUCCUCGUAGGUCCCUUCCAACUCAGAACAUUCUGUGAUAUCAAGUGAUUUUCACCAACUCGUCUUGACUUCCUAAGGCCAUUUUCAGAACGUUUUGGAAGAUACCUGGACAGCAACUAAAUUACUAAUAAUGAUUUUAUUAUUUGUAGGGGAUCUCUCAGUCCUCUGAUUUUGAAGCCUGCUGUUGUAACCUUUAAACUCUGCUACAGUGCCCACCACUAAUGUUCCUUGCAAUUCAUAAGAUGGAUAAUAGUGGCAAAUGUUACUAAUUUCUGUGUUUACUAGUCUGCUUUUCUGAGUUCUUUUUGAAUCCUGCCAGAAAGGUAUAGAAUGUUGUCACUUUUUUUUUUUUUUUCACUUUUUUUUUUUUUUUUUUUUUUUUUUUUUCUUUUUUACCAGCUCUGCAGGCCAAUAUGGGAAAGCGUAUUGAAAGGCUCUUACCUCUUAUCCAAAAUAGUUCCACACUGGAGUAACUUUGGGAAAUCAGUUUUGUUUUAUGUCAGUGAAACUGUAAGAGCACUGAGUCCAAGUUGUAGGAGUUACAAAAAACGUAAUGCUGGUUUUGUAGAGGGUUGUGACUUAUUUAACUUCUAAAGUGAUUUUUGCUGGUGGUUUUGAAUUGUUGAGUCUGUUUUCUUACCACAUCAAUUCUGGAUUCAGAACAAACUUGUAAACUACACAUUUCCAGAGCUUAGUUGGAGCUAUUAUCAGUGAAGACACAUUCUCUUGUGUGAAUGGUAACAAGGGUGCUUCCGCAGAAAGAGAAACGGCUGAGAUGUGUUGGCAUCCUAAACUGUUCAAGAGCAGGCAACAACUGUGUUGAAUCAUUAGGAUUUGGUAGAUUUGAUUUUAAGUUUGAUAUUGUUUAAUUUCACUGACAUUGUUCAAAGCAUCUAGUUGGGACUGCCUGGUCCUUCAGUUACUGAUCUUCUGUAUUUUAAUGUGAAGAGGGUCCAGGUCAAAAGGCCCCGGAUCAAAAAAGUAUUUUGUUCCCAUGAGAGCUACACAGUAAAAAGACUUUGAUCCCUGCACUUUGAGUUUCUCUGGUGAAGUAGGUUUGUGUGCUUAAAAUGCAAGUGUUGUGUCAAAUGACAGUCAACAUUUCAUUGGAAGUUUCCCCAGUCAAAAGAAAUAAAGAUUUGUAACCUUGAAUCUUGACUGAAUAAAGAUGUUUCAGACUCCUUAAAAAUUAGUUUGCUAUUCUGUCCUGGGUUUUUUUUGUUUUCCUUGCUUUCCUUCCAAGGAUCUAAUUUUAAAUUUGAUAGUGUUCUUUACAGAAUAAGAUAGGGAAACCAAGCUGACAUGUUUUUGUAAUUAAAGUGUUUGGAGUUUUAAAUAUUUCCUAAACUUAGCUCUAAACUCAAAAUAAUCUUUAGUGUAAAAACUUGAAAUGAUAUUUCAAUACAAAUAUAAUAUAUUUGCUUUAUUUGUAUGUUUAUAAAGUUAUUGAUUUAUAAAAUAAAAUUUAAAAAAAGAC